AUGUCAAGUGUUACUGACUCAAGUUCACCUCUCUACAUACAUCCAUCAGAUACGCCUGGUUCAGUCCUUGUUUCAGAGCAACUUACGGGAAUGGAAAAUUAUGGGAUUUGGAGCCGUGCGAUGAUUGUUUCUUUAAGAGCAAAAAACAAAUUAGGUUUUGUUGAUGGAUCUUGUGAGAAGGAAAUCUUCAACAGUAUUGUAUACUCUAGUAGUGCGCAACAGGUUUGGCAAGAUCUUCAAGAACAAUACCACAAGUUCAAUGGCACAAGAGUCUUUGGUAUCCACAGAGAGAUAGUUAACAUGAUGCAAGGAACUCACUCGGUUGCAAUAUAUUACAACAAGCUGAAAACUCUAUGGGAUGAACUCAACUCAUUGGCUUAUUCAAUUGUAAAUCAAGAUGAAAGCCAAAAGGUCUUGACUGGAUUUAAUCAAAACACUGAAGUUACUACGACUCUUUACUCACAAGGGAAUCAAAGAAAUCAGACUCAGAGCUCAAAAUAUAAAGGAAAAAAACCCUAUGUUGAAUGUGAUUACUACCACAUAGCAGGACACAAGAAGGAUAAUUGUUACAAAUUGCAUGGAUAUCCGGCAGAUUUUCAGUUUACCAAGAAUAAGUCAGGAUCAAAAGCUAAAGCCAAUCAAGUUCACUCAAGUCAAGAAUCAGAUUCACAAACUGAAUCAACAACCGACAACAACAAAGGAGUUAGCUUAAGCAAUGUUUUAACUCCACAGCAGUAUACUUAA